UUUCAAUAUGUUUGAAAUCGGCACUAAUCACUAUCUUCGACUUCCUCCACAUUUGUGAACGCUAGUUGCUACGGGUUGGAUUGGGGAAAAUGCUUGUAAAUUCCGUUCCAAGCAGCAGCAAGUGCUGUAGCUGCUGUACUUCUUCAUCUUCUUCAUUUUCUCUCAAUAAACUCUCUCAUUCUACUCCAACCACCACCCUUUUCUCCAAACGCAAUCUCAGAUGCAAAACAACAACUCAAAUUACUCGUUUUCCUCUUAUUCUUGCUAAAUCAUCCGAUUCUUCUACUCCUGUAACCAAACAGUCCCCUACUUCCUCAUCUCCUUUAUCUGAUAACAACGACACCGUUUUUGUCUCCCCAGAUUCUGUUCCUCUUGAAGGCGUCAUCCAAUUCGAUAAACCCUCUUCUUCUUCUCGCUUUAAAAAAUGGGGGCAAGUUGCGCUGUUUGCUGGUGGGGAUGUGUUGGCAAUACUUCUGUUUGCUGCAAUUGGAAGGUUUAGUCAUGGAUUCCCUGUUUUCGACGCCGAAACGCUGCGUACUGCUGACCCUUUUAUUGCAGGAUGGUUUCUUAGCGCGUACUUCCUUGGAGGGUACGGUGAGGAUGGUCGAGGGGUGAAUGGUGUGAAUGUGGCGGUUUCGGCUGCUGCCAAAUCAUGGGCCUUGGGUAUACCUAUCGGAUUGGGUAUACGGGCAUUAACUUCAGCACAUUUUCCUCCCACCAAUUUUAUUUUGGUGACUCUAGGAAGCACAGCAGUUCUGUUAAUUGGUUGGAGGACACUAUUGUUCCAGAUUCUUCCUAGAGACAAGAGCAAGAAAGAUGAUAUGUACAAACGUGGAAGUCCAUUUGAACUGUUUGAGGUUUUACCAAAAGACGGUGGAACCAAAUAAGUCUUGGUUUUGACUGUUGAUGAUGCAAAGUAAUUCAUAUAUGGGACAUAAUGACGUGGAAAAAGUUGCGCAAAAGAUUUCAGGUUUGAACUAUCUACCUAAGAGAAUGCACCGAAAGAACUCAUGAGACUAAAAAGAUUAAAGUAAAAUUCUGAUUGGAUGAUGGAUGAUGGAUGAUGGAUGAUGGAUGAUGGAUGAUGGAUGAGGAUCCUAAAACAAAAAGGAUGUUUCCUUCUAAAUGGACAAUCCCAUGAUACUAUACUUUUUAGUAAUUUCUAAAUUCAAAUGGGAAAUUAAUCUAGAUCCUAUAAUUUAAAAUGGCAUGUUCCCUAAAUGAAAUAAAAUGUCAAAUUAAUUCCUAAA